UGAUUAUUCUUUAAAAUUCACCGAACACGAGUCUUUUAUUUUUUUGGGUUUUUUUUUCUCUCUCUCUUUGUUGUAAUGCAUAAAGUAAUGGGAAAGAGAAAAAGAGAAGAGAGAAAAAAGUAUAUAAUUCCUCCAUGAAUGCUGCUUUGCUUCAUUGACACCCAUUGGUUUUCUCUUUCUUGACUUCUUAUUCGUAACAAUAUAUUUCAUUGCUGAGCGAAACUGAACUACCAAGCAAAGGAGCCAAAGCUCGAGAGAUGGGUUCAUUUCCAUUGGCUAUGAGUGUUGUUUUGCUUAUACACCACACUUCUUCUUAUUCUUUUGUGUUCGUUUCACUAUCUUAGAUUGUUCAUUUUCACACAAGAAACAAUCCCCGUAUUCCAAACUUUGUUUUUUAGUCCAAAUGUCGAAGUCCCCAUCUCAGCAAGACCAUGAAACCAUGCCAAACUUUGACUUUUUCAAGAAAUUCAAGCGUUUGAGGAUCUUUGAGCCGUACUUGGGCGUUGGAUUCUUCUUUAUUAUGCUGUGCGUAAUUUGCUGCUUCUUUUACUUGGAUUAUCGGGCUGUGCCUAAAGGGUACACUGUUCCGGGCAAAACGGAGAGGUUCAAGUGGCUAAAACUAGACGGUGGGUCCAUUGGGAACAAGAAAAGAGUUGAGUUUUUGAGUGAGAAGGCAAAUGAGUGUGAUGUGUUUGAUGGAAAUUGGGUCUGGGAUGAGAAUUACCCCUUGUACCAAUCUAAAGAUUGCAGCUUUUUAGAUGAAGGAUUUAGGUGUACUGAAAAUGGUAGGCCUGAUUUGUUCUUCCUUAAGUGGAGAUGGCAACCCAAACUUUGCAAUUUGCCAAGAUUCAAUGCAAAACUGAUGUUGGAGAAACUUCAAAACAAACGCUUAGUUUUUGUCGGUGACUCUAUUGGUAGAAAUCAGUGGGAAUCACUUCUCUGCAUGCUCUCUUCUGCGGUUCCCAAUAAGGAUUCGAUCUAUGAAGUGAAUGGCAGCCCAAUUACAAAGCAUAAAGGCUUCUUGGUAUUUAAGUUUAAGGACUACAAUUGCACUGUGGAGUACUAUAGAGCUCCUUUUCUUGUACUGCAGAGCAGACCUCCUGCCGGAUCUUCAGAAAAGAUUAGGACAACCCUUAAAUUGGAUAAAGUGGAUUGGAAUCAUUUGAAGUGGAGAGAUGCAGAUGUGCUGGUUCUAAAUACAGGGCAUUGGUGGAAUUAUGAGAAGACCAUAAGAGGAGGUUGUUACUUUCAAGAAGGAUCCGAGGUAAAAGUGGAAAUGAAGGUAGAGGAUGCAUAUCGGAGGUCCAUACAAACUGUGUUGCAGUGGAUAGACAAUGAAGUGAAUACAAGCAAGACCCAGGUCUUCUUUCGUACAUAUGCCCCUGUCCACUUCAGAGGUGGAGAUUGGAAGACUGGGGGAACCUGCCACUUGGAGUCGCUUCCCGAACUGGGAACAUCAUUGGUAUCUCCUCAAUCUUGGGCACAAUUCAAAAUUCUCACUGAUGUAUUAUCAGCUCACACAAACACAAGGAAAUUCAAUGUGUUGAAUGUGACUUAUAUGACUGCUCUGAGGAAAGACGGGCAUUCAUCCCUGUAUUAUUUGGGUCCUGAUGGAAGCCCUGCACCUCUCCAUCGGCAAGAUUGCAGCCACUGGUGUCUGCCUGGAGUCCCUGAUUCUUGGAAUGAGAUACUCUAUGCAUUAUUUCUAAAGCGUGAGGCUACUCAUCCAUCCAACACAUCAACAUAUAGAGCACAGGCAUAACUGAUUGAUUUAGGAAAGCCCCUCUUUAUUUAUAUUACAAGUUCUCUGCACAUAAUGACUUAAAUUGUCAAACAAAGGCAAACGAAAAUAGCAUGUAAAGUUAAUUUAGAUUUGUUUGUAGUUUUGUCGCAAGGGGUUAAAUGCAUAUAUGAGAGAGAGUGUAAUGCUGAUGAAGAUCAGUUUGAGGACCAGAAUUUUUUUCCCUUAUAACGGGCUGUUGACUAGAAAAAAAAAAAAAAA